AUGUGGCUUUACCCCAAAGGGAGCCCUUCCAGAAAUUCUCGAAGGCCAAAGACAAGCCUAGGCCUAAGAGGGGGUUUGGAAAUAGUUUUCAACCAGCAAUAGACGCGCCUCGGUUAGAACCUCAUGAGCUGCGUCAUUGCCCCAAGCGCAAAGAUACUGAACCCCCUACUCCCCCUUCUUCUUUUAUAUAAGUUAUCAACCCCCUGCAUAUUGUUUGCUCCCGUUGUG